UGAACAAAGCGGCGACUGAAAAACAUGAGUCGCCGCAACCGUUCUCUUCCAAUUUGACAAAUGCCUAUGUAAGAAAAAUCUAAUUGAAUACAACCUUCGUGGGUCCAGUGGACUCCUCAUCAACAUGGCAACUGAUGAGGAGAGGGGCGUUGUGCGUGUCAAAGUCAAGAAGUGUGAGGGGAUGCUGCCAGUGGAGUUUCGCUCAUUUGCUGUGGAUCCUCAGAUAACAUCACUUGAGGUGCUACAGCACAUCCUCAUCCGAGCCUUUGAGUUAAAUGGCAAACGCAACUUUGGAAUAAGUUACCUAUCCCGGGACCGUGGAGGUUUGGAAGUGUAUCUUUCGCUCCUGUCUGACUGGGAUUUAGAUGCUGCAUUUGUCAGUGCAGCUAAACCUUAUCUACAGCUCAAGAUGGACAUUAAGCCUGCCGAAGACAGUCCCGUUAUGGAAGACUGGGACAUAAUAAGCCCCAAAGAAGUGAUUUGUUCUGACCAGCUUCCCGGGGAUAGGAGGUCCUUGGCGGCUGCGGCCCUCCCCUUCACCCAGUCCCUACUGUCCCAGGUUACUGACAACGCUCUCGCUCUUCACCCUGUCAGCCAUCUUUUUUACCAGCCAGUCACUGCUGCCUUGAGUCAGAUGAUGGGUCGAACACUGUCCAGAGUACAACAGGCCUUGAGCUGGUCUUACGGGGAGGAGGUGAAGCCUUUCAAGCCCCCUUUGAGCGAUGCGGAGUUCCACAGUUACCUCAACGGCCAGGGCCAGCUUUCCCGACCAGAGGAACUGAGGCUACGCAUUUAUCAUGGUGGGGUAGAGCCUUCACUACGCAAGGUUGUGUGGCGUUACCUCCUGAACGUGUACCCCGAUGGGCUGACCGGUCAGGAGAGGAUGGACUACAUGAAGAGAAAGACUAGGGAGUACGACCAGCUAAAGGGGGAGUGGUCAGCUAGGGUCAGUCCAGAGGACCUGGAGUUCAUCAGGGGCAACGUACUGAAGGACGUCCUGAGGACCGACCGGGCCCAUCCCUAUUACGCCGGCUCCGAGGACAGCCCCCACCUCACCGCUCUCACCGACCUGCUUACCACCUUUGCCAUUACACAUCCACAGGUGUCGUACUGCCAAGGCAUGAGUGACAUCGCUUCUCCGAUACUUGCCGUUAUGGACAAUGAGGCACAUGCAUUCAUCUGUUUCUGUGGCAUCAUGAAACGCCUAGAGGGCAAUUUCCGCCCGGAUGGCCAACUCAUGUCCGUCAAGUUCCAGCAUCUGAAGCUGCUACUGCAGUACUCAGACCCCGAGUUCUACUGUUAUUUGGUGUCCCGCGGAGCUGAUGACCUGUUCUUCUGUUACCGCUGGCUGCUCUUGGAACUCAAACGGGAGUUUGCCUUCGACGAUGCCCUGAGGAUGCUGGAGGUCACCUGGAGCUCCCUGCCUCCUGAUCCUCCCGAAACGGAAGUGGAGCUUUUUGGGCCGCCCCUAGAGACAGACCAGACCAGAAUGACAUCUGAGAGUGGUGUUGAAAAGAGGCCUGCUUUCGCAGGUGAAGAAGAAGGGGAGCAGAAAGAGAAGCAGCGGCGACGACACAUGUUGAGGCCUUCAAGAGAGGAGGCAGACGGCGGGAGAAAGAUCGACAUGGAGGAAGGAGAGCGGGAGGACAGAGGAGCCAGAAGAGAGGGUGAGGGGAACUUCGACAUGCCUUACGUAGGAAAGGAGAAGGCGCACAACAAUGCACCUGUUCCUCCCUUUGAGAAGCAGACCAGUUUUGGUGAGUUCAAAUACUACAAUGCACGGAACAAGGACAGCUUUGAUUUCGUGGAGAGAGACCCACCAGAGGGUCCUGUUGAGAUGGAAGCCUCCUUGCACCCUGUAUCAAGUCCACCGGCCCGGCAGGGCACCGAGGACAGCGAGGAGGAUCCAGGGGAGAGAGCACCUCUUAUAACGGAUGAUGACAAGUCCUCCAGCCCAGAGACGGAGGAGAGGAGCUCCCCUAAUGGACAAACAGCCUCUCCGGUCUCCCCAUUUCCUCAUGGUCUGCCAAGCUGGAAGAAUGGUUCCUCUCUGUCUCCAGGCUCCACUCCCUCCCCCUCAAGUUGGAGAGGUGCCUCCCCAGACACCCCGUCACCAAAGUACACCUCCCCCAUUUUACCCAACGGAAGGGUUGAGUCGCCAGAGAAAGCCACAAGAGGAUUUGCCUCGGUGCCGAACGGAACCGGAGCUAACUCUCCCGCUACCCCAACAGGGAGGUCCUUGGUUUCCUCUCCCCUACUGACUAGAUCAUUGCUCUCCUCCCCUAUUUUGUCCUUCGGGAGAGCUCUUCCUUCGCUGCCGGUCAGCACAGUCAACAAGUCCUUUCCCAGUAACCUCCCUUAUCCUUGCAGCAGAGCCUCCAGCACCGCACCCAACACUCCAAAUUCAACCAAACCAGAGAAUACCACCAUCAAACCUUGUUCCCUGCCACCGCCUCAAGAGUUUGGUAAAGGGAAUCCUUUCAUGUUGUUCCUGUGCCUGUCAAUCCUGUUGGAGCAUCGAGACCACAUUAUAAAGAACAGCUUUGAUUACAACGAGCUGGCUAUGCACUUUGACCGCCUUGUUCGGCGACACAAUCUGGGCAGGGUGCUGCAGCGCGCCAAGGCCUUGUUUGCGGACUACCUGCAGAGUGAGGUGUGGGAUUCAGAGGAAGGGGAUGAGGUCAGCUCGGACUCGCCCACCACAGUCACUGCUGCUUUCCACUCCCCGCCCCCCUCUGCCACCAGGCCUCUUUUUACCCCUUUGUCAUCCUCUCCAAACUCCACCUAUAAUCUGGCUGAUACCAUACCUUCCCCUUCUUCACCUGUCUCCCUCUCUCCCUCCUCUUGACUUCUGUCACUAUAUCCCCAUGCCCAACACAUUUACAGUACAAUGACUAAUGGUUGCCUAGUCCAGCUGUUUGUCCCUUUAUCGUUGCUCAUCUUAUUUAGCUCUACACCCAUACCAGACUUGACUAGAAGGUUACUACUGUACGUUUUUCAUGUCUAUGCUGUCAGUAUUGCUCUUCACUCCAUUUCCUCUAAUCGACAAGUCCUCAUGCUUACUCUUGCCUUGCUAUGCACUCAUCCAUUGAGUUUUUACUGUUUCAAACUUUUAGUUAAAGGGAUAAUAAUAAUGUUUCAAAUACCUUUUACCUUUAUAUGGUUAACAUAGAUAAGAACCUCAUUGGAUAAGCCACAACUGUGUCUUUUUGACCAAAGAGCGCUAGUUGUGUGAUCACACUGCUAAGAACCAACACUGGCACAUUGCUAGUCUGGACUCUUUAGCAUAACGGCAGUGUGUAUGGUUACUGGUUCAAGCUCUGCCCCCUCUGUUCCCUGACUUGGCUACAGUUGGAGUGAGCAGUGGGCGCUGGCCAUUGGAACUAUGGAGAAAUAUGAACAGUAUGAAUGAGUCAUGCGAUUCCCCUUAAAAAUGCCCUGUUGAGAAUAUAUAAAAUAUGCCUGUAUUUGACUGCACACGUGCCAGCAUAGUGAUUAUGAGGAAACUAACAACAGCAACUGAGCUUUGUAAAGGUUAUAUUCGUGAGUCAGUAAUUGCAUUGUGUAUCAUUACAUUUUCUAUCAAAAUAAUUUCAAUACUGUAUAAUUUUGUUGUUGUAAGGUCACAUUUUAAAUAUCAAGGUGAGAUGAAGUUAUUUUCUUUAGAAAUACUAUGAAGCAUGGUGUGCCCCAUAGGAAUCUGAAUGGCAAAGAGAAGUUACAGUAUAUUGGGAGAGGCCUUAUAAGAAAUGAAUGGGUUUCAGUACUGCAGUUUCAUGGCCAGUUUCUGCAUUUGCGCUCACAAUUGACUAUUGUUUGCUUUUGAAUCACACAUAACCACUAUGAUCUGAACAAUAUACUGUAUUAAAUGGGAAUGUUUUGCUAUUCAGGGGUUCAAUGGAUCAUUCAAUCGAUAACAAAAAAUGGAUGCACAAAUUUUGCAUUUGCCCUAGAUCAUGUAUGGCCCUAGGUGUGUACAUUGCACAAUGUGCACAUAGUUACUAUAUGGUGCUAAAAGAUUUCAUAAAGUAUAGGAUUCAUCAUGGCUUUAUGAGAAUGGUUAUAAAUGUGUAUAUUAAUGUUAUAUUGCACAGUUCUGGCCAUAUAUGGUCACCCCUGAACUUUUCUUAAAUAAUUCCCUAUUUCUUCUCUAAUAAGUUUAAUCAAAAAUUUACUUUUGGUCACCACAUCUUAUUGGAUUUUCAACCAACGGACAAAUUAAGCAUUCGAAGAAAAUAACACCCUCUCCACAAUAAAACAUGGGGGAGGUUUGCUACCACUGGUACAGGGCUUGAAUGUGUACAAUACAUUCAGAUUAACUCAGCAGAUUAUCAAGGUGGUUUGGAGUGCAAUGUUCAACCCAGUGUACAAAAACUGUCUAUGUUAAAUGUCGUGGGUCUUCCAGCAGGUCAACAAUCCCGAACACACAUCAGAAGCACGCUGGAAUGGUUCAAGAAGAAACUCUGGACUGGCCAGCAAAGAGUCCAGAUCUGAAUCACAUCUAUAACCAAUGGCGAGAGCUGAAAACAGCAGUUGGUGGAGGGCACCCCUCAAAUAUUGAAGAAUUAGAGCAGUUUGCUGCUGAAGAGUGGGACAAAUUGACAGUAGAAAGGAGCAGCAAGUUCAUUGAUGGCUACAAGAAGCAUUUGUUGGCAGUUACAGUGCAUUUUUAAAAUAUUCAGACCCCUUCACUUUUUCCACAUUUUAUUUUAUGUUACAGCCUUAUUCUAAAACAGAUUAACUUAUUCUACACACAGAGCGAAAACUUUAAAAUGUAAAACACAAAUACCUUAUUUACAUAACUAUUCAGACCCUUUGCUAUGAGACUCAAAAUUGAGCUCAGGUGCAUCCUGUU